GGUUACUGUGGUUUUCUGUGUUCGUUUUCGUUAACGUUAAAAUGGCAGCAUUAAAGACGGAAAUUGAAAUCGAAAAAAAUGGUGAAAAUGAAGAUGUAGGGGAUGUUGCAGAUGAGAUACAAUCUAAAGAUCCGGAGAAAAAAAAGAAAAGGAAAAAAAAAAAGAAGGCAGGAAAUGAUCAAGUAGACCCUCAACCGGUAGAAGAUGAUGGUAAUAUGGAGUCCAGCCAAAAUAGGGAGUUGCCGCCCGAAAACGAAGAGAAUGCAGAGAAAAAAAAAAAGAAGAGAAAUCGAAAAAAAGGAAAUGGAAAACCAUCUCAAACUGAUCCUCCCUCAAUUCCAAUUGUUGAUCUUUUCCCCGAUCAAGUUUUCCCAUUAGGACAAAUUAUGGAGUAUCCUGUAAAAAAUGAUGAUCGCAUGGCCAAAGAUCGAUUCACAACUGAAGAGAAAAAAGCAUUAGAUAGAAUGCAUUAUGAUGAUUAUAAUGAAAUCCGAUUAGCAGCUGAAGCUCACAGACAGACUCGUCAACAUAUUCAAAAAUGGAUUAAACCUGGGAUGACUAUGAUAGAAAUUUGUGAUGAACUGGAAAACACAGCUAGAAAGCUCAUAGCUGAAAAUGGUUUGAAAGCAGGGUUGGCAUUCCCUACAGGUUGUUCAAGAAAUCAUUGUGCUGCUCAUUAUACACCAAAUGCAGGGGAUCCAACAGUUUUAGAAUAUGAUGAUGUUGUAAAAAUAGAUUUUGGCACACAUAUAAAUGGACGAAUUAUUGAUUGUGCUUUCACACAAACUUUCAAUCCAAAAUAUGACAAGUUGGUAGAAGCAGUGAAAGAUGCUACUAACACAGGAAUUAAUGCUGCAGGUAUUGAUGUCCAGCUUUGUGAAAUAGGAGCAGCAAUUCAGGAGGUUAUGGAAUCCUACGAGGUGGAACUGGACGGUAAAACUUACCAAGUAAAAUCUAUUCGUAACCUCAAUGGUCACUCUAUAACCCCUUAUAGAAUACACGCAGGAAAGACUGUUCCUAUUGUGAAAGGUGGAGAGGCUACAGUUAUGGAAGAAAAUGAAUAUUAUGCCAUUGAAACUUUCGGUUCAACUGGGAGAGGUGUUGUCCAUGAUGACAUGGAAUGUUCCCAUUAUAUGAAAAAUUUCGACGCUCCUUACGUCCCCCUAAGACUCCAAAGUUCCAAAUCCUUGUUGAACACAAUCAAUAAGAAUUUUGGAACACUGGCAUUCUGCAAAAGGUGGCUGGACAGAGCAGGCGCUACGAAAUACCAGAUGGCGCUGAAAGAUCUCUGUGACAAAGGAGUAGUGGACGCUUAUCCCCCAUUAUGUGACAUCAAAGGUUGCUAUACUGCUCAGUUUGAACACACCAUCAUACUUCGUCCAACAUGCAAAGAGGUGGUUUCUAGAGGUGACGAUUAUUAGAGCUGUUUUUUCUAUUCAGAUGAUUUGUAUCUAUACAACUUAUAUUCAAUAAACAGUUGUAAAUAA